AAAGCUGGCGGGGGGGUGGGGGGAGGAACAUGGCGCAAGCUCUGUCUGAGGAGGAGUUUCAGCGGAUGCAGGCUCAGCUCCUGGAACUCCGGACAAAUAACUACCAGCUUUCAGAUGAACUACGCAAGAAUGGUGUUGAACUCACCAGUCUUCGACAGAAGGUCGCCUACUUGGAUAAGGAAUUCAGCAAAGCUCAGAAGGCACUGAGCAAGAGCAAGAAAGCUCAGGAAGUCGAGGUAUUGCUGAGUGAAAAUGAGAUGCUGCAGGCAAAGCUGCACAGCCAGGAGGAGGACUUCCGUUUGCAGAACAGCACGCUAAUGGCCGAGUUCAGCAAGCUCUGCAGCCAGAUGGAACAGCUGGAGCGAGAGAACCAGCAACUGAAGGAGGGGGCUGCAGGAGCAGGGGUUGCCCAAGCUGGGCCCCUCGUGGAUGGGGAGCUGCUGAGGCUGCAGGCUGAAAACACAGCCUUGCAGAAGAACGUGGCAGCGCUGCAGGAACGCUAUGGGAAAGAAGCCAGGAAGUCCUCAGCUGUCAGUGAGGGCCAGGGGGACCCCCCAGGGGGCCCAGCCCCCACCGUCCUGGCCCCCAUGCCAUUGGCAGAGGUGGAGCUGAAAUGGGAAAUGGAGAAAGAGGAGAAGAGAUUGCUCUGGGAGCAGCUGCAAGGCUUAGAGAGCUCAAAGCAGGCCGAAACAUCCAGGCUGCAGGAGGAACUUGCUAAGCUCUCCGAGAAACUGAAAAAGAAACAAGAAAGUUUUUGCCGUCUGCAGACAGAAAAGGAGACUCUAUUUAAUGACAGCAGGAACAAGAUUGAGGAAUUACAACAACGGAAGGAAGCUGAUCACAAAGCCCAGUUGGCUCGAACCCAGAAGCUGCAGCAGGAACUUGAGGCUGCAAAUCAGAGCUUGGCAGAGCUGAGAGAUCAGCGGCAAGGGGAACGCCUGGAACAUGCGGCAGCUUUGCGGGCCCUACAAGAUCAGGUAUCCAUCCAGAGUGCAGAUGCACAGGAACAAGUGGAAGGGCUUUUGGCUGAGAACAAUGCCUUGAGGACUAGCCUGGCUGCCCUGGAGCAGAUCCAAACAGCAAAGACCCAAGAACUGAAUAUGCUCCGGGAACAGACCACUGGGCUGGCAGCUGAGUUGCAGCAGCGGCAGGCUGAGUACGAGGACCUUAUGGGACAGAAAGAUGACCUCAACUCCCAGCUCCAGGAGUCAUUACGGGCCAAUAGUCGGCUGCUGGAACAACUUCAAGAAAUAGGGCAGGAGAAGGAGCAGUUGACCCAGGAACUACAGGAGGCUCGGAAGAGUGCUGAGAAGCGGAAGGCCAUGCUGGAUGAGCUAGCAAUGGAGACGCUGCAAGAGAAGUCCCAGCACAAGGAAGAGCUGGGAGCAGUUCGUCUACGGCAUGAGAAGGAGGUGCUGGGGGUGCGUGCCCGCUAUGAGCGUGAGCUCCGAGAGCUGCAUGAAGACAAGAAGCGUCAGGAGGAGGAGCUCCGUGGGCAGAUCCGGGAGGAGAAGGCCCGGACACGGGAGCUGGAGACUCUCCAGCAGACAGUGGAAGAACUUCAAGCUCAGGUACACUCCAUGGAUGGAGCCAAGGGCUGGUUUGAACGGCGCUUGAAAGAAGCCGAGGAAUCCCUGCAGCAGCAGCAGCAGGAACAAGAGGAAGCCCUCAAGCAGUGUCGGGAGCAGCAUGCUGCCGAGCUGAAGGACAAGGAGGAGGAGCUACAGGAUGUGCGGGAUCAGCUCGAGCAGGCCCAGGAGGAGCGGGACUGCCACCUGAAGACCAUUAGCAGCCUGAAGCAGGAAGUGAAGGACACAGUGGAUGGGCAGAGGAUUCUGGAGAAGAAGGGCAGUGCUGCGCUCAAGGACCUCAAGCGGCAGCUGCAUUUGGAGCGGAAACGGGCAGAUAAGCUGCAGGAGCGGCUGCAGGACAUCCUUACUAAUAGCAAGAGCCGCUCAGUAGAGACGGGGUUUCUCCAUGUUGGCCAGGCUGUUCUCGAACUCCUGACAUCAAGUGAUCCACCCGCCUCGGCCUCCCAAAGUGCUGGGAUUACAGGCCUUGAGGAGCUGGUUCUGUCAGAGAUGAACUCACCAAGCCGGACCCAGACAGGGGACAGCAGUAGCAUCUCCUCCUUCAGCUACCGGGAGAUCUUGCGGGAAAAGGAGAGCUCGGCUGUUCCAGCCAGGUCCUUAUCCAGCAGCCCUCAGGCCCAGCCCCCUCGGCCAGCAGAGCUGUCAGAUGAGGAAGUGGCUGAGCUCUUUCAGCGGCUGGCAGAGACACAGCAGGAGAAAUGGAUGCUGGAGGAGAAGGUGAAGCACCUGGAGGUGAGCAGUGCUUCCAUGGCAGAGGACCUCUGCCGGAAGAGCGCCAUCAUUGAGACCUACGUCAUGGACAGCCGGAUCGAUGUGUCUGUGGCAGCAGGCCACACAGACCGCAGCGGGCUGGGCAGCGUCCUGAGAGACCUAGUGAAGCCAGGCGACGAGAACCUUCGGGAGAUGAACAAGAAGCUGCAGAACAUGCUGGAGGAGCAGCUCACCAAGAAUAUGCACUUGCACAAGGACAUGGAAGUUCUGUCCCAGGAAAUUGUGCGGCUCAGCAAGGAGUGCGUGGGGCCUCCUGACCCAGACCUAGAGCCAGGAGAAACCAGCUAAAGACCUGCAGGCUGCACCCACCUCCUCCCCUUCCUACCCCCUAGGAUGCCAUUCCCUUGGGCUGUGGCGGGGAAAUGAAGGCUGAAGCCAAAAUCAAAUAGCUUGGGAGACUGGACAUUAAAGGGACUAGAGGCCUGAUGGUUAGUGUUAAUGAUCCUGUCUUAGGGCAGAGGCCACCAGGGAGUGGGGAUCCUGAAGGAAGGGGCAGGGAUUUCUCCUUCUUCUUGGUCCUGGCUCCCAAGGGCUUCUGUCUUCAUCUCUGCAUGAGCUCUCCUUCCCAGAGACCAACUCUUUUAUUUUAUUUUAUUUUAUUUUUUAAUUUAUGUCUGGAGCCUGGCUACUCUGCAUUUGGGAUUGGGGAUGUUGGGUGGGUGUGUGGCCCAUGUUCAGCGUUUUAGCAACACGUGUGUGUGUGUGUGUAAAGGCUGUGCAGCCAAAAUACCAUCUGGCCAGACGGGCCCACCCAC